CCAAAUCCAUUCCCUCACCAAUUCCCUCCUCUCCGGUGGUAGCUAGUCACAGUGACCAAACACAUGGCCGGUACAACACCAAUCAACUCCGGCAGCUUGCCGAAGCGUCUUUCCAUCGGCUUGCUAGACUCCGUCAAUUCUCUCUGGGCUCUGUGCGCCAAACACGCCAGCCGAGCCUCCAGAAAGCUCGCCAGCAGUCCCAGAAUCGCACCGCUGACUCGGCCGAAGCAGCUCCUCGCCACCAUAAGCAACAAGGCGAUCGGCUUCCGACACAAGAAGAGAGCCGGCGAGGAAUUCGAAGAUGGGGAGUUUGGAGAUGGUGGGUUGUGGCAGAGGACGAUCAUGAUGGGCGACAAAUGUCAGCCGUUGGAUUUCUCGGGUGUAAUCUAUUAUGAUAGCACCGGAAAGAAAAUGUCCGAGCUGCCCACGAGGUCUCCACGUGCCAGUCCGUUGCCGAGCUAUACUUAUUCGGCGACGAAAGGAGUGUAGUGAUAUGGUCACCUGAACGUGUACGAGUUUUGAUUUUCUCUCUUUUUCUUUGUUGUUUACGCGUGUGAACAUGCAGUUCGGUUUGAUUCGAGAGAACAGUGGAGGUGAUCAACCAGGGGUUAUUUCGUCAUCUUUUAUGAAAAUCAGUUUUUAGUUAUGCGUGUACAAACUUUUCAAUAGAAAGUGCAUUUUGUGGUAUAAUUUUUGUGACGUUUCGUAGAAA